AGCUGCUGGCAGAGCUUCUGUCUGGGGAGCAGGUCUUCCGCAGAAUGGCAUGGAAUGAAACUUGCAAAAAUUGGCUGGCAGCAGAGGCCUCUCUGGCAAAGUACUAUCUCUCCAUCUUUUAUGGGAUUGAGUUUAUUUUGGGACUCCUUGGGAACACAACUGUUGUUUUUGGAUAUCUCUUCUGUCUGAAGAGCUGGAAUAGCAGUAAUAUCUAUCUCUUCAAUCUCUCCAUCUCCGACUUAGCAUUUUUGUGCACCCUCCCCAUGCUGAUGAGAAGCUAUGCCAAUGAAGACUGGGUAUACGGAAAUGUGCUCUGCGUAAGCAACCGAUACUUCCUUCACGCCAACCUCUACACCAGCAUUCUCUUCCUCACGUUCAUCAGCAUCGAUCGAUACUUGCUCAUGAAGUUUCCUUUCCGAGAGCACCUUCUGCAAAAAAAAGAGCUGGCCGUUUUAAUCUCUUUGGCCAUUUGGAUUUUAGUUACCUUAGAGUUACUGCCUAUUCUCCCUCUUAUAAAUCCUAUUGUAACCAACAACGCCACCAACUGCAAUGAUUAUGCAAGUUCCGGCGACCCUGAAUACAACCUCAUUUACAGCAUUUGUCUGACCAUAUUGGGCUUCCUCGUUCCUCUUCUCGUGAUGUGUUUCUUUUAUUACAAAAUCGUCUGCUUUCUAAAGCACUGGAGCAGGCAGAUCAGUACUGCUUUGCCCCUUGAAAAGCCACUUAACUUGGUGGUCAUGGCCGUGGUGAUCUUCUCCGUGCUUUUCACACCCUACCACAUCAUGCGGAACGUGAGGAUUGCUUCAAGGCUGCGGUCCUGGCAGCAGUACCAGUGCGCUGAGGUCAUCAUCACCACCUUGUACAUUGUGACUCGGCCACUGGCCUUCCUGAAUAGCGUCAUCAACCCUGUCUUCUAUUUCCUUAUGGGGGACCAUUUCAGGGAAAUGUUGAUGAACAAGCUGAGGGAAUACUUCAAAUUCCUUACAUCCUUUAGAAGAUACGUUCAGGAAAUAAGGUGCCUGUGAAACAGAUUAAGUGGUACAUGCAGCUGUAAGUGAGUUAAGAGUUUGUUUCAGUUCACACAUGAUCUGAUCCUGAUUUAAAAAUACGUUAUUUCUAGAGUAAAUAAAAUGAAAGAGAUGAGAAUGCACAGAGCGGAUGCAGUUGAAUUAAUCUUGUGUCAUGUUUGGGCAUGCAUGUGCGAACCUAGAUGCUGUGGGGUCUUCCUGAUUUAGGAGUAGGAGACAGACAAAGCAACGAAUUGUAUUGAAUCAUUUUGAAUGAAUUGUAAAAUAGUAAUGAUGAUGCUGAUAAUGUGACAGAAUUAUCUGUGUUGUUGCUUAUAGAAUCCUAAAACUUUAGAUGUGAAGUGAAAAGCUGAAGAUCAGAUGCACACCAUUAAGCAUUGCCUUUAGAUGUUGUGUUCAUGAGGAAAUUACGGGUACAUUACGGAGAAUGAGGAAUAAUGUGGCAUGAAUAAUCAGACCAAGGAUGCCAUGAAUCAUGGUCGACUAUGAAUUUACCAGUCUUUUUGAAGGCAAUCUAAUGAAAGUAAUCCUCAUUUAUAUUGAAUAGAACAUAAAGAUAACUUGGCAAAAAGUGAGAAUAUGUUUGAGGUUGGCCAUCAGAACAUUAAAGCACAAAUGACUUUAUCAAAAAGCUAGCAAAAUUUGACAACAACAGCUGUAAAAAUUUCAGAAUUAUAGAGCACCAAAAUGCCUAUCAUAAAAUCCAAAAUAAAACAAAGUAAAAUAAAAUACUACAUUAAUUUAAUGAUGAUUGUGCCAUCUGGCAUUUUAUUAUCACAAUUGCACUGUUCAUCUUCGCUUUGCUAAUCUUGGUUAAAUAGUGAAAUUUAAAAUAUAUUAACAUCAGAAAACUGGCAAAGCAGCAGCAGCAUGGUAAUAGAGCAUUAGGCUACACUUCCCCCGAUGAAGCAUCUCAGCUCUACUCCCAGUGUAAAGAGACUCACAUCCGAAUGAGGCUUGGUAUCACAGAACUUCACAUAAGAUCACUGGAAAACAUGUCCUAGAAAAUAAUUCACUUUGUUAAGAGAACCUAAGAAAUGUUGUACUCACAUAAUAUAAACCGUCCUACAAUUUAUGUCCCAAGGCAAAUGGGGAGGGAGAGAGCUUAGGGAAUGGAUCCUCCAUUUAAAGUGGAACAAGCAUCAAACAGUAACUCACUGAUACAUAACAACAUUUGACCUCUGCUACAGUCUAUACUCCUUAUCUUGGUGUCGCUAGCUACAGGGAAUGAUAGUUCAAAGGAUACAACGAUCAUCAUGAAUGCAGAGACAUACAGCUCAUUGUACUGUCUGUUCUGAAACACUCUGGUGAUAUUACAUUCUGCUUUACCAAAAUCUCCACAUUUUUCAAAACUAAGAGCAGAUGAAAUGUUACAAAACAUGUUACUACAGAGAAUUUAUUUUCUUACUUAAAGUUAGGCUUUUAUAUAUUUUUGUCAUUUGUUUAUGUAAUAUUUUUAGAUUGCAAAGUAAUUUUAUAGCAAUAAUAAGGACUUUCUGAAUUUUCACCUUGGAAAGGGUCACAGAAAAUACUGUGAUAAAUAAGAGAUUACUUAUUUCUCCAAAAUCACUUGCAUAAAAUAAAUUUAAUUUAAAAUGCACUUAUGCAUAUUUAGUUGUAAAGAAGAAAUUAAAUUUUCUGUCUCUACUUACUCAUUAAAAUUGCAGAAAGUAUGCCACUGUAUGAAUUUAAAAGAAAUAAGGAGCAUGGAGAAUGUGAGUAGGUUGAGAAAUAUCACUUCUAAAUCUAUAUAGUAAAAUACAUGUAACUUAUAUACUUUAUUUAAAUAAAAUAACUUAAAAUAUUAAAAUAAUAACAUUCCCUAAAUCUCUUGCUCCAUUUGUCAUGUGAUAUUUAGACCUUAGCAGACUAAAAGAUACCUACUUUAAAACUGUAAGAGCUAUUCCAUUUGUGCAAGGUCAUUGUGAAAAUCACAAAUAAAUUAUGAACUCCUUGGUGGCUUUGUGAUUUCCAGAGGAAUAAAUGCUAUUUUUUGUAACUUGUUUUUCAUUUGAUCAUCUGGGGUCAUCCGAAGGCUGUCUAAACUUUCUAGCUCAACCCUAUGCAACGUGAACUUACUUCCUGUGCCUACAGUAUUAUCUUCCACCACUGUUGUCACAAACCACAUCCUGAAACUGAAAAUGUGUGUUCCAUUUCAUUAUGUUUAAAA